AUGGCGACGAGGUUUUUCAAAGAUGAAAUCACCAUGCCGAUCGGGAAAGUGCACGAAUUUAAUUUGGACGGGCCUGGGAAUUGGCCAGCGUACGUUCGUCUCGUGGAACAAUUCAUUAAACUCAACGAUAUCAAUAAUGAAUUACGUGUGGCCACGUUGCUUACUCAUGUCGGGGCGGCAACCUAUGCGCUCAUGUGCGACUUGUGUGCUCCCGAUCAUCCGGAAAGCAAAAAGUUCGACGAAAUCGUGACUUUAGUGAAAAACCACCUGGAGCCUAAACCAGCUAUACUCAACCUGCGGCCCACGGGCCGCAUGCGGCAGAGGAGGCAAGGUGAGGGCGAAUCGAUCGGUGUAUUUUUGCAAAGUCUAAAGCAUCUAGCAACCCACUGCAAUUUCGGUGCGAGCCUCGAAGAAAACAUACGCGAUCAGUUCGUAUCAGGGUUACGGAGUGAGGAGAUGCGAUCCAGAUUAUUCGCGGAAGCCUGGCUCGACUACAAGAAGGCUGUGGAGCUGGCGCUGGCGCUGGAGGCGGCCGAGCGGCACGCGGCGGAGGCCGCGGGCGGCUCGCGCGCCGCGCUGUGGCCGGCGGCCGGCUCGGCGAGACUCGGCGCGGGCGACGCCACUGCGGACUCCGGGCUGUUCCGCCACGCGGCUGCGCGCGGCGAGCGCCCGAGGACGAGGGUCGCCUGCUGGCGGUGCUCCAAGGAGGGACACACGCCCAACAAGUGUAGAUAUAAAGUUUAUGUGUGUGAUAAGUGUAAAGUGAAAGGGCAUUUGAGUGUCGCGUGUACCAGAAACCCGAAGGAAGCAGGACAAUCCAGGUACCAAAAUUAUUUUAUUGAAAGUGUCUCGGACUCGGAACGUGAGGGGUUCGAGGGGUUAUAUAAUGUCAAUGGUAUCUCAGUUAAGAACUUGAAUGAUGGGCCCUAUUUUUGUGAACUGUUGGUAAACAAUAAGAAAGUACUAUUUGAAAUAGACACAGGGAGUAGAAUAUCGGCGAUAUCCAAGUCAUUUUACGAUCGCUUCUUUUCUAGCAUAUCUAUUAUUAUUGAUAAAAUGAAAUUGCAAUCAUACACGGGAGAUGCAAUAGUGCCGCUGGGACGCAUCGAUGUGUGCGUGCGCUGUGUCGGCGAUGACAACACAGGCCGGCCGUCAGCUGACGCCUUGUUACCGUUAUUUGUGAUAGAACGAGGCGGGCCGCCAUUACUAGGCCGUCGUUGGUUACGAGAACUUAAAUUGCAAUCAAUUAAUUUAUUUCACAUCAAUGAUGACAUAGACCCGGUAGUGUUGCAAUUAAGAAACGAAUUUCCCGAGUGUUAG